AUGGGUACUGCAGCAUCGAGUUCUGCUUUGGAGAAGAGUUACGAACUUCCAGAUGGUCAAGUUAUCACCAUUGGUAAUGAACGAUUCAGAUGUCCGGAAGCUCUUCUCCAACCUAGUUUCCUGGGGAUGGAAUCCGCCGGUAUUCAUGAGACCACUUACAACUCCAUCAUGAAGUGUGAUGUAGAUAUACGAAAGGAUUUGUAUGCAAACACAGUAUUGUCAGGUGGAAGUACAAUGUAUCCCGGUAUUGCUGACCGUAUGCAAAAGGAGAUUAGUGCUCUAGCCCCCAGUACUAUGAAGAUCAAGAUAGUUGCACCACCUGAGAGGAAGUACUCUGUAUGGAUUGGUGGUUCUAUUUUGGCUUCAUUAUCAACAUUCCAACAGAUGUGGAUUUCCAAACAGGAAUAUGAUGAAUCUGGUCCCGGUAUUGUUCAUCGCAAAUGCUUUUAA